AUGUCUCUUGCCCAAGACGAAGCCGACGCCCUCCUCAACCGCAAGGAACAGCCUGCUGCCCAUCCUGAAGACCUCGCCCACUUCUCCGGCGACGAAGACCAUCACGAUACCGACGACGAACGCAACGAGAAGCGCACCAACCGCAUCCGCGCCGCCGCCGGUUCAGACUCAGACGAAAGCGAUAUCGACUUCUCCAGCACCAUGGUGUCCAAGCCAGCUGCCUACCACAUCCCUUCCACCGUCUUCGACGCCAAUACGGGACCCAAGGGCGUCAUCGCCGAUGCGCAGUCCUACGAGCGCGCGAAGAAGCGCUCCUUCAGACGAACCCUGAUGGGCUCCGGCGCGUUCGACUACAGCCCUUUCUCCAAGGGAUCUGCCCCCAACGCCAGCGAGAAACAGAGCCAGAACAGCAGUAACAGCAACUACAUCCGCCGUGGCUCCAGUGCCGACGGGUCCGGCGAGGAGAGCGACGAGGACGAGCGGUUUAUGCGCCAGUGGAGAGAGGCGCGGAUGAUGGAGCUGCAGAACAAGUCGACUCGACGGGUCAGUCCGAGCAAGAGACGGUAUGGCAAUGUUGAUACCGUCGAUGCGAACGGCUACCUGGAUGCCAUCGAGAAGGUCACUCCGGGCACCGUCGUCGUCGUCUGCAUAUAUGAUCCAGAGUCUACCGAGAGCUCGAUAGUAGAGGACUCUCUCACCUCCCUCGCACGCAAACAAGCGACCACACACUUCGUCAAGCUGCACUAUGAGAUCGCCGAGAUGGACCAUAUCACCGCCCCGGCUCUCAUCGCCUAUCGAAACGGUGAAGUCUUUGCUACCAUCAUCGACGUCCUCAACCAGCUACCUAAUGGUCGUGGCUGCAGCUCAUCCAGCAUAGAAGACUUGCUUAUGCAACACAAGGUCCUCUAG